AGUGCAAGCAUUCGACUCUACCGCAAGACAGUGCCCGACAGGGAAAUCAAAAGAACUCUGGUCAUCAGCAGCGCUGAUCCUAAUGUACACUCCGGGGAGUACACUUGUACAGUUCGGAACAGCAGGGAAUCUAGACCUGUUUCCAGGAGCCUGGUUCUUGAUGUACUGCCUCUCAACUCCUACAGUGUAAGUCUGCUGUUGGAGGAUGACACUGACACAGAGAUCAGACCAGAUGAAGACCUCACGUUACGCAUCAUGUACACUGCAUAUCCUCAGCCAACGUUCAUUUGGCGGAGAGGAGAUGAAGUCUUGGCGAACUCCUCCAGCCGCAUACAGGGAUCCACCCGCCAUAAAUUGGAAGUGGACCACGAGAAUGGGAAUCUGUUCUUGUCGCUUGUGAUCCUCUCCGUCGAAGACAUUGGCACUUACUCACUGGAAGCCCUGAUCUCGGAACACGGGAACGUCCAGGCAAGGGAUGAACUCUCCUUCAACGUCACAAUGCCAGUGGCCCCAUCAGAGCCAAUAAUUGAAUACUCUGUCAACAACACCAGCUUCAACAGCAAGAUGCUGCCCCAGGGCGAGGAUUUUCAAGUGACCUGUAAGAGCACGGGAUACCCAAAGCCUGAUCUGACCUUGGAAUUUAGGGAAUGCUUCAGCAAGGUCAACUGCACAGACUUUCAAGCCGUUUCUAAGGAUCAGGCGAACAAGAACCUCCUGAAGAGGCGUAUCUUGGGCCAAGCUGAUAAGAGCCUCACCAAAGGAUUCGGUGUUUGGGAGGGAAAAGCUCUCGUUCAGGGAUAUUACAGGUGUUCUGCAACAAACAUCAAUCUUCAAGAUGCGAAGCCUACUACUCAGAAGGUUUUCCUACUAACAGGAGAUUCUGGAAUUGGUUUCCUGAAUAUUAAGGUGGAGGUCAACAGUAUUCAGGUCAAGAAUGCGAAGAAGGUCCAAGUCGUAGAGGGGGAUAACGUCACGCUCCUAUGCCAAGGUAAUAGGAUGCUCACUUCGCCACCUCUGGAAUGGAAACUCGGUGUCCUGCCCCUGAGUGCUAGUAAUGCCUCUCGCAAGUAUCUUGCAACAGAUGAAGAAACAGAUCUCCUGUACGUCUCGAAAAUCAGUAUCAACAAAAUACCGCUGGAACAGAAGGGCACCCUCGAUUUCCGCUGCGAAAACGCCAGAGGGUCGAAAGCGAAAGCUGAACUGGGGAUACAUGUUAUUCCCAUGCAACCUCCAGUUUGGAAGAACAAGGGUGUACCCCUUCAAGACCACAACCUCGAGGAAAGGGGCAAUUUGACCCUGAAAUGCCCCGCUGAUGGCGUUCCAGAACCCAAAAUAAAGUGGUAUAAGGACGAUAAACCACUCAAAGAAACUGGCGCAAAUGAGAAAAUUCAUCGCUUGAUCACUGGCCCCAAGAUUAUCUUCAGCUACUUGAAAAUCUCCGAUUCCGGAAAGUACAAAUGCGAGGCUGUCAACAGAAACAACACGAUCUUCAGCGAAGCCUACAUAACAGUGACUGAUCCGGACUCCUUCAUGAACCUCAACAUCAUCAUCACCAUAGGAGCCCUCUCUGGCAUUCUUGUUAUUCUCAGCGUCUUCAUUUGCAUAAAAAUUCGCAACGACAGGAAACGUGCCUACAACAUUCGCCUGGAAGACCAGAGAAUGUUCGAACAGGGAGAUCCUGAUAACUUGAAUCCAGAACUUGGCCUGGAUGAACAAGCAGAGCUUUUGCCCUACGACACCAAGUACGAAGUCACAAGGGAUUCGAUUGUUUUCGAUAAGCUCCUCGGAGCUGGAGCCUUUGGACUCGUCUACCGAGCCACGGCUCUCAACCUCAUCCCAGGUCAGCCUAGAACGACCGUGGCGGUCAAAAUGAUGAAGUCUCGAACUGAUAGCUCCCAGCUGAAGGCCCUGAGGUCAGAGGUAAAGAUCUUGAUUCAUAUAGGCCGUCACGUCAACAUCGUCAACUUACUUGGGGCUUGCUCCAAGGAACUUGCUACGAAAGGCGAACUGCUACUCCUUGUGGAAUAUUGCAAGCACGGCAACAUCCUCGACUACAUGCGUCGCAGGCGAAAGGCCUUCAUAAACCAGAUCAACGAAUAUGAUAGGAUAGAUCCUUCACUCACCGACGCCAGGAUACGCCACCGGACCGAAUCAGGAUCCAGGACUAGAAUCUCCAGAGGACUGAGGUAUGCCCAUCUGAGCUUCAACCAAGACAUGGUCACCUACACAGCUGAGAGUGAGAAUCCUGGCCAGUCUCUGUGGAUAGAGCCUUCCUCACCGACAGAUUCGAUUGGCCCUAAUGGCCACAUCCCAGACACAUUCAGGAACAGAACAGAGUCUGGUUCCUCACCUCUGCCUGUCGCUUCAGAUAUGAGCACCUUUACUUUUGAGAGUAGCAACGGUGGGUCAGACAAUGGCUACAUUGGCUCCAGAGCUGUUGGUUCCAGUCCAGAGUCCCUAUGUUCAAGUGACCUCCUCUGCUGGGCUUAUCAGAUAGCCAAAGGCAUGGAAUACCUUGCCUUUAAGAAG